ACGGACAAACAACAAAAAUGGAGUUGUGAACUAGUAGCAAGGUAGCUUUCUAAGGACGUUGAGUUUCGGUCCAUUAUGUAAUAACCCUUCCACGGGGACAAGAUUCCUACUUAUUUUAUUUGUCGCGAUGUCGUAAUCCUGAAUUCAUUGGUGGUUUAUGUUUUUAAUCAGUUGUAAGAAGCUGUCGAACGGCUAAACAAACCCGGUGUUUUGGCAACGACAAAGACAACAAGGCUUAGUGACUAGCUAGCAACAGUAGCUCUGCUCCUUAUCACUCUGCGCGCUUUCUACGACUACAUAAACAAGGAGCCCGACUCAGCAGCAAUGGAGAAGGUACAUUCACCGGGAGAAUUCCUGAAGGGGCUGCCUGUGUACAACAAAAAUAACUUCAGCAGGUUUCAUGCAGACUCUGUAUGCAAAGCAUCAAACCGUAGACCUUCUGUAUAUCUACCAACCCGCGAGUAUCCAUCAGAGCAGAUCAUAGUCACAGAGAAGACCAACAUCCUGCUGCGGUAUCUUCAUCAACAGUGGGACAAAAAGAAUGCAGCAAAAAAGCGAGAGCAGGAACAAGCAGAGGGAGAGAAUACAGCACCUCCCCGAAAAAUUGCCAGAACAGACUGCCGGGAGCUGAGUGAGGAUUCGUAAAUGUCUGUGCCAUUGAUGCACACUCAGCAGAGACUGACCUGUACAAAGAAAAUGCACACAAAUGCAGGAUAAACGUUCUGGCCUGAAAACUGAAGCACACAAGGAGCCACACAUUUCAGACCACAGCUGGCAUGUCUACAAUACAACCACUGAUCUUAAUGUUUGCAUUUCACUUAAUAUUUCCUUAGAACUUUUCCUAUCAGUUUAUGUGCUACUCACCCAGUACUUUCUUACCUGUUUGAGUCUCUGUAGUUAAAUUACAGGCAUCUACCUCCUUAUUCCUCUAUCCUCUUUGUGCUCCUUCACGUCAGCUCACGCAGGUUUCUUUGAAAUAUGCAAUGAGUGAAUAUGUCACCUCUGCUGCUCUUUAAGGGUUUACAGAUGUUGGGAUUCAUAUCAUCUUUGAGAUAUGCAUGUUUUACGUGGAGUCUGUGUAUAGGUGUGACAUGUCAUGUUUUGUGGCUCCUUCAUAAGGAAUUUUUAUUUUUUUGAAUAAUGCAAAGAUGGUGAUCCUUAGAAAUGUGUUUUAGUUCAUCUUUUAUGUCAUUACUGUGCUUACAGUGGCUAAAAACAGAAAAUUGUUUCUAAGAUGUAAUCAUCCAUUCAGGGGUUUUUGUUUUAUUUAAACUGAAAGGAAAGAAAUGUUCUGAUUUAUUGCCUUAAAUGGAAACAAGCAAGGUUUCAGCACAUCUUAGCUCGCCCUCUUUGUUUACAGCGUUGCAGAAAAAGUGAACCAUUGAAUUUAAUGGUUACUAGAAUGUCUCUUAAUUUGUGAAAAUUUAAGCUGAUACAGUCAAACAUCAGAGGUUGAAAACUGCCUUUGUACAGGAUAUUAUGUAGCCAUAUUCCCAGUUUGGUCAUUUGUUUCAACCAUUAAUCGCCAGUGCUUGUAACCUUGUUAUUACAGGCUUAGCUUGAUGGAAAAGGUGAUGAUUACAGUCAUAAAGCUGUGCUGAUGGUUCUUUGUAAACGUGCCAUUUAUGACUUUUAAAGGCUGGUCAUUUGAGUCUGAUUAAAGGGCCAGUUUUGGCGUUCGACUGCAGGGCUGAAUCAACACUGUGUUUGCUUUUCAAACAGUUGGUAAAGCUUUUAAUGCUUCACAAGUUUAUUUUUUGUACAGUUUAUAUUGUAGUUGUUCUGACCCUUUAAUCAGGUACCAAGAGAACAGCAAAUUUGGUUUUUCUUCCCUAACUCAGUCAUACAGUGUUGUGAAAAAGUAAGGCAAUCACUUUUCCACAUAGGGCCAGAUAGGUUUGGAUUUUUUCCACCUUAAUAAACAAAAUCAUCAUUUGGAAAAUGCAUUUUGUAUUUACUUGGAUUAUCUUUGUGAGAUAUUAAAAUUGGUUUGAUGAUCCAAAACAUUUAAUUGCAAUAAAUAUGCAAAUAUGCAGGAAUCAGAAAGGGGGCAAAAUGCUUAUUCACGGCACUGUAUUUUUUAUUCCUUUUAUUAACCAAUCAGGUCUUUAACUCACGAGGAAUUCAAAACAAUUUUGUGAAAAACAUCCCCCAUAUCCUCGUGUUUUUGAAUAACAGCUGUGUGAGACAAAUAUAGUCAUGUUUGGCACGACUGUAGAAAAAUGUUUUUUUACUUUCAUCACAUAUUGUUCAAAAGUUAGAGUAUUCUUGUGUUGAAUAACACAUAAAAACUGUGUUUUUCCAGUAUGAGCUCUGGUUAUGUUCCCAGCUCUUCAUAGGAGAGUGUUUCCUCUAAUUUCUUAUCUCUGUCAUUUGAUUUGUUCUCCAUCACCACAUUCAGUUUGCAAUGAGGUAACUGUUUAAUACUGAGUUGAGUGUAUAAAUGUGUUGAUUUCAAAUUUUGUUUUGUAUAGAUUUCACUGUGACAUACAGUAAAGACUGUAACUCUAA